CUCAUGAUGACAAGCCAUUACCGAACCCUGUCCCCUAGCCGAGCACGGCACUCCAUGGUUGAUCCCAUGCGGGCGUCCACUGGCAUGGUUCAGACGGGCUCCUCUCACGACCCUUACGAAUCGACCAGACACUAUUACGACGACUACCCCUCCGAUGCUGGCUACGCCAGUGCCUACGGGUAUCGCUCGAGUCGUCCAUCGAAGCUGGAAGCACAUCCUGUGUCUUCCCACCGAGUCCACGACCCAACUUCAUCAACCAAAAAAAGAACCGAAUACACCGUUACUCCCAGACACAGAAGCAAUACUGCAUCAGCAGCGGACCCCUACGAGACUCCAUUGCGACUGGCUGUGCCAUCGACAUUUCGCCAGCGUCUCUCACCUGUGCUUCAAUCAAGCCAUGGUCACGCUUCGAGCCCUCUCGUUUCGGAAUCGGGCCACCAUCUGGUCCCAGCUUCAGCUUUGCACCCUGGGCAUCGCCGAAUCUACAGCACUGACUACACGAGCGAUACUGGCCACUUGGGUUCGCGGGAUAAGGUGCAUCACCGAAGCUACGAUAGUCACCGACCACAUGCACCACCUCACCCACGUCGCUACCCAGCGUACAAUGCUUUGAAGAAAGGCGACGAUAUCGAUGACUUCGAUGCCUACUCUUACACCACACCCCGUGAGCAAUUUGAUCGCGAUUAUCCAGUCAAAUCCCGCUCCCGUGGAUCAAGAUAUUCGCUCGAUCGGCCUUUCAGCAUUACUGGGGUGGAAGAUAACCCCCAGUGGCUGGCACGGAGGGAUCGACCCCACGGCCCACCCCCAACUUCCUGGGGUCUCGACAAAAUCAGCCGCGACCGACCAAGAAGUUCUAUGCGGACACGAGAUGACCUUCGUGAUCCCCACAGAUCAAAGGAUGGGCUUCAUGACCAGGCCUUGGUCCCGGUAGCUCACGACUCUGAGGAUGAGUACCCCUCUCGGCCUAGUGAGCAUGGCCGUCGCCGCCGCCAUCACAGAUCACACCGUGACAGUAGUCGGGACCCCCACUACGCCGAGGAUCGCUACUCAAAGCCACACGAUGGCGAGCGGGUCGCGGUUGGCCUUGGAACGGCGGCUCUGGGAGGCGGAUACUCUGACAUUUCAGACUAUGAGCGACCCUCCCGACGCAAACACAGGCACCAUGACGACCGUGACAAGCGCGACCACGGUGCAGUCCAGGCCCCGUCAUCUCGAGAGAUAGUGGAAGCAUCUCCUGGCGCUGAAAGAAUCAAGCAGUCCUACUUGGACCCAGCGGAUGCUAAUCGUCACGGCCGAUCGCGCAGACAUUCUCGACACCGUCAACACAGCGACGAUGGUGAAACAUCCGACGAAGACCUGCGGAAGUACAGACGCGAGCCUUCAGCUUCAGCGCACCGCAAACACAGCAGCGAAGACACUUCAGAGAGCGACCCUGACCGAAGCCGGGACCGUUCUCGUCGUCGUCACAGACGGGACCACUCGCGUGGACACCGCUCCUCUCGCUCUCGUCCUCGUAUGCUAGAGGAUGGACAUGCCAGUGAGACCCGACGGUCGCCACCAGUGGACCACGCCAAAGAUGACCCGAGAAGACCUGUCACGGUUGAUCCUCCUGUGGCACCAAAAGAGCCCGAGGCGCCUCCCAAGGGAAUUCUCAAGGCUCCUCGUCCAGCAUUCCCAGAGGAGCCCAACCCUGUCAGAGAAGGAGUCGCGCCUCUCAAAGAUGCCCACAAGCAGGGCAUCCCGCCCGGAGCUCGAUGGACCAAGAUCGACCGGCGGUUGGUAAACCCCGAGGCAUUGGAAGCAGGAAAUGAACGAUUCGAGGAGCGCUCGGAUUAUGUGAUUGUGCUGAGAGUCCUGUCAAAGGAAGAGAUUCAGGCAUACGCUGUCAAGACACAAGAAAUCAGAGAUACCCGACACAAGGAAUACCUUCGCGACAAGCGCCAACACAGAGCCGAAACCCAACGUCAUGGCCAUCGAGGCGAAGAAUCCUCAAGCGACGAUGAAGACGAGGGCGAGGACGAGCCCCCAAAGCAGCUCGAAGCAUCCCCAGCAUCAGACCCGCAGAAGCUGUCUCUACCCAUGCGCCCGCACACAUCCAGCCACUCUCUGCCGGAACCCGACAGGCCCCGUAUGAGUCCUUCCGUUGCGCCGGCGUAA